AUUUGCAUCUACCCAUAUUAACAAACAAACAAUUCAUUCCUUCACACCACCACCACAUUUUCUCUUUCAACAAAAACUAAACAUGGAGUGGACUAGAAGCCAUGUUCUUGGCCGUGGUUCCUCAGCCACCGUCUCCGCCGCCACCUCGACCUCCGGGGAUGUUUUUGCGGUCAAAUCGGUCGAUUUUCGACAAGCGGAGAGUUUGCGAAAGGAACAACAUUUUUUGUCAAUCUUGAAGAGUCCAUAUGUUGUAAGUUACAAAGGGUGUGACACCACUAUAGAAGAUAACAAGACAAUUUACAAUGUUUUUAUUGAUUACAUGUCGGGCGGGUCGAUUUCCGACUUGAUUAAGCGAAGAAAUGGCGUCGGGUUAACCGAUUCGGAGAUUGCGAGAUACACAAGACAGAUAGUUCAAGGGUUGGAUUACAUUCAUUCCAAUGGAAUAGUGCAUUGUGAUAUCAAAAGUGGAAAUAUUUUGAUCAACGAAAGUGGCGCGAAAAUCGGUGAUUUCGGCUGCGCCAAAUGGGCCAGUCCCAACAAUCUGGCUCUGACCCAUUUGGCGCAGCACGCCCCAAUUUGUGGGACGCCCAUGUACAUGGCGCCGGAAACCGCCAGAGGCGAAGACCAGGGGUUUCCGGCGGAUGUAUGGGCGGUUGGAUGCACCGUCAUCGAAAUGGCCACGGGUGGUUCACCGUGGCCAGACGUUAACGACCCGGUAUCCGUUCUUUACAAAAUCGCAUUUUCCGGCGAAAUCCCAACAAUCCCAGAUGGGUUAUCCGAUCUAGCAAAGGACUUUGUUAGCAAGUGUUUGAUUCGUGAUCAAAAACAGAGGUGGACCGCUACACAACUUCUCAAACACCCAUACAUUCAAACCGAACAAUUCGAUGAGAAUUCAAAGAUUAUAGUGUGUGAGAAGAUGAGAACAGAUUCACCCACAAGUAUACUUGAUCAAGACGUGUGGAAUUCAUCAUCGUGGGUGGGUAUUGAUGGGUUAUGUUCAACAUCAAACUCUUUGAGGCAAAGAAUCAAACAGUUGGCGGACAAGUCAGAGAUGCCAAAGUGGAGGUGUGAAAAGGGGGAAACCGAUUGGAUGACAAUAAGAAAAGUGAACAGUGAGUCGGUGACAGGUGGCGGUAGGUGAGGAGAUGGGGGUGGAUUGCACUGCAACACAGUAGUAGUUUUUUUUGAACGGCCGACAAAAAAAUUUUAUUCAUAGUAGCAAGGAGCUACACACCAAAUAUACAAUGUUUACACCAAAACCAAAACACAUUUACACCACACUACUACAAAUUCACCUCAUAACAUUACACCUAGAUUAAACUGACUCCAAUCCUCCCAAGAUAGUGUGACCACUUUUGAUCGAUUUUUAAUCCAUAGAUAUGCCAUAGACUUAAUCUCAUCCAAAGCUUUGGUAAAGUUUGGGGACACCUGCCUGAAUACGACAUCAUUUCUUAUCUUCCAUAUACUCCAAAUUGCCACCAUUAUAAUUGCCUGAACAGCUUUCCUUCUUUUUGAACCCGGGAUCGAGACGUGGAGUGACAGUAAAUCAUUUAUGCCAAACGCAAUGAUGGGCGGAAUUUUGCACCACACCGCAAUAUUUUGCCAAACCGAUUGUGCGAAAUGACACGACACAAAAAUAUGAUCACAAGUCUCCUCAUAUUCACCGCAAAGCACACAUAGUUGAUUCGGGACCGGUACAUUUCGCCUAGCCAACGCACUUCUCGUCGGAAGUCUUUCCAUUUCCGCCCUCCAUGCCACUAUGCCGACCUUUUUUGGAACCCAGUUGUUCCAUUCAAACACCCUAUCGGAGAUGACUCGGCCCACCGAACUAAGAGACUUUUUGAUGCUGGCUACACUAAAACAGCCAUUCCCUUCAGGAUUCCAUUUCCAAAUAUCAGGCCCCAUCGAUACCAUCCUGCCAUUAAUCAUGCUCAUCAAUUGAUGCAGUUGAUUCGCUGCAACUGUGCCGAGUUCAGGUGAGGCCCAGGCCCAAUUAAAUACAUGACCGGAUGAACUAGUGACCCAACGAUCAGCAACCAGACAUGUUUUAAACAUUUCGACUUUGAACAACUCCGAAAACAGAAGAUAAAGCGGAUCCGAGACUAACCAACUGUCUAACCAGAAAAACGUGUUCCUUCCGUUCCCCACAACUGCUGAAAAGGCCCGAGAUAAGUCGAUAUUCGCGAGUAAAAGCGGCUGCCGAAUACUGUAAAUAUGUUUCCAUGGUCCCGCUACCGAAACUUUCACUGGGAUUUCAUUCCAAGACCUUGUAUUGUGAUGAAUAGCCCAUAUAACCCUUCGCCAUAACCCUUCUUUCUCUGUUUUGAAUCUCCACCACCACUUAGCAAGCAUAGCUAAGUUUGAAUCCCUGAGUGAACCAAACCCCAGACCCCCAUAUUCUAUAGGAGCAAUCGUUUUGUCCCACGCCACCCAGUUCAUUUUCGCCUUUUCUUCCGACCCACCCCAAAAGAAAACCCUUCGGAUCUUAUCUAAUGCAUCAAUGACUUUUAAGGGAGCUUUAAACAAUGAAAAAUAAUAUGUUGGCAAAGCAUUUAACACCGACUUAAUUAGAGUAAUC